AUGAGUAUUCCCGCUGACAUUGCAUCUUUAAUCAGUGACAAGUACAAGAGUGCUUUCGACAAUGGUAACUUAAAAUUUAUCCAUACUGAAACGAAGAAAACUAAGGAUCCGAAAACUAGUAUGCCAUACUUGAUUAGCCAUAUGCCAAGUCUGAUCGAAAAGCCAGAGCGUGGUCAAACUCCAGAAGGAGAGGAUCCAUUAGGUAAACCUGAGGAAGAAUUAACGGUUAUCCCAGAAUUAGGUGGUGCCAAUGACAAAUCGUAUAAAUUACUAUUAAACAAAUUUCCUGUAAUCCCUGAGCACACUUUAUUGGUAACUAACGAAUAUCAACAUCAAACUGAUGCUUUGACCCCAACCGAUUUGUUGACUGCUUAUAAAUUGCUGUGUGCCUUGGACGAUGAAGAAUCCGACAAAAGACACAUGGUCUUUUACAAUUCUGGCCCAGCCAGUGGUUCUUCACUAGACCAUAAACAUUUGCAAAUUCUGCAAAUGCCUGAAAAGUUCGUUACCUUCCAAGAUAGACUAUGUAAUGGUAAGGAACAUUUCCUACCUACUUUCAACACUGAACCAUUGCAAGAUGCUAAAGUCUCAUUUGCUCAUUUUGUCUUGCCAAUGCCAGAAUCCGAAGAAGCUGUUGAUGAAGAACUUUUAGCUAUGUGUUACAUCUCCAUAUUGCAGAGAGCUUUGACUUUUUUCCAGGACUGGUUGAACGAAAAUCCAGAACUAAAGAAAUCCUACAAUCUUAUGUUGACCAAGGAGUGGAUCUGUGUCGUUCCACGUUCGAAAGCCUUCUCUGAUGAAAUGAAGAUAGGCUUCAACUCCACAGGUUACUGUGGUAUGAUCUUAACCAAAAAUGAUGAAGUUUUCUCCAAGAUUACUGAAAAACCUGAAUUAAUCAACGAUAUCUUAUUGGAAUGUGGUUUCCCAAAUACUUCUGGUCAAAAACCAAACGAAUACAACUACUGA